GGGUUGCCCGUUCCUUAUAAAAGGUUCUGCUCCUGAUCUUUGGAGAUCAUAUCCGUCGCUGACGCCACCACGACAGGAAGAUCUCGUUAACGUAUCCUUUUGCCAUGAGGAAUCAGGUCAAGUCUUGCAAAUGGGGGCUUGCAGCUCUCGUUGCAAUGAUGCUCAUGUCAGGAUUCGCACCGUGCACGCAGGGUGUGCCCAAACGCGUCGCAAACAGGAUGGUCCCGAGUUGGUGGGCGACAGCACGCAACACCUGCUGGUCAGCCUCCGACUGCGAGUAUGGGGAAUGCUGUGCCCGGCCUAUGCUGUCCUCGAAGGCCUACUGCAUGCCCCUCAGGGGCAGAGGUGAAGUCUGUGACGCCUCGCCACUGAUGCUCGACAUAAACAACGGGGUAUACUUCAGCGACUGUCCCUGUCACCCAGACUACACCUGUGCAUCUCUGAGCAACAAGUCCAAGGCCCAGUGUGUUGACCUCAGAACUUUGGAGAUUGAUUACAGAAGGCUGGCGUCCUUAAAUCUCCCUCUCCCCAAUGAAAACCACUAGAAAAAGUUAGGUCACAAAUCAUCCGGGUAUCAGGAAGCAAAGAAGAUUAAUCGCAGUAUUUCCAGGAAGACUUAAUUAAAAAUUAAGACCAAAUUAGUCUCAAGAGUUCGUACUAUGUAAAAAGACACCCUUGUUGGCAACGCCGUUUUCUAUGACCACUAAGAGUGACUAUCUUCUUUCAUGCUUUCCAACUCUUACGUUGUUUUGCAAUUUCACCCUACCAGAACUGCAGACGAGUUAAAAUGAUAUAACGAGUUCGCUCGUUAUUGAUACUUUUUAUGAUUAAAUGGCCUCGUUUAUAAUAAAAUGAGAAGAAAACAAUUGAUAUAGGCCUACAUGAACGCCUCACGGAGUCAAUCAAGCGAUGCCUAAAGAAAUAUGUUUAUUAACCCAGAAAAACAUCUAUACAUCUAGUGGAGAACAACAGGAACAAAUCUACAAGCCGUCAGACCACACUCAAGAAGUCAUAGGUCCACCUGGAAUCUACUAAAAAGCAAAAUAGAGGCACAAAAAGAAAAACCGCGCAAAAUAAAACCAUACGUCAAUGGAAAAUUGCUCUCUGCACUUCGAGACACUGACUGAUAACGGCGACCAGAAGGUUUUCCCACCGUCCCCCAUAUUUCUUCUCUCUGUAUUUGUCUGUCUGAUGCACUCAUGUCCUCUAACACUGUAUAAGGAUCUUUUGAUUGUAAGAAACAGAAUGAAUGAUCUGACCAUAUA